UCCUCUUUUCCAGUUUUGUUGAACUUUUACCAGAAACCAGUCGUCACAAUCAUUAAAAACUCCACAGCACAUGAAGACGUCCAACAACAAUCCUUAGAUGAAGCCGAUCUGAAACGUGACGAGAUCCCAGAGCCGACGAUAGCUCCCACUUUCAGUACAGCCACCAUUAACUUUCCGGUCAACAGAUACAUGGCCAAUGUCAUGUUCCAGUUGUUCGGCAAGGAUGGGGUUCUGGAAAAAGGUGGGUUCGAAAGAAAUGGUUACAUCCAUAAGGAUGCAUCAGCCUCCAUCGUGCUCCUCGAUGGCUUCGGAAACAGAUCGGAACUUUUACACGAAGUAUUGAGGGCGCAUGACACACCAAUAGACGCCGGAGCAAUUGCUUUGGUUGUACAGCUCUUUUUCAGUCCGGACGACUUUAAUCGGUUAACGAACUGGCUCCGGGAUGAGAUUCGGGCUGGCUACGAGAAUUACGACGAUCCGUGCUCUCCGAUAGUUUGUAUCAAGUUCGUGUGCUGUACGAAGAUUGCUAAUCCUUUCUUGGGUCCAAAAUUCGGAACGAUCCGAGUUAGUAUUGAUUAA